AGUUGUGCAACUAAGUAGGAGUUUAAAUAUCGGAAAGAAAACCUUACAGGUCAGCUGGCAAAAUAGAAUAUAAAACAAAAUUUUUGAGCGAACAACUGAAAAAUAAUAGCAGUUGUUUUUCGUAUUUGACUUUCUUGUGUAUAACAUGAAAAUCUGAAAUAUUUAUAAUCCCAGCAAAUACGCUUUUUUCAAUCAAAAUCUAAUAAGGAAUUUUGUUAAUACAUCAAAGUCAACGCUUAAAGUAACAACAACAAAAGCGGCAAGAAAAAUCAACCAACCUGCCAUCAACCAUAAAGAGCGAAAGAGAAUAGAAGGAAAAAGGCCGAAAAGCAAUAAGGGAAAAUAAAGGAAAAGAGGCGCCAGAGGAGCAGGUGAAACAGGUGGACGCAGGAGAAUCACCCACCCAGAAACCAUCAUCGCCAGCAGGUGACAGCCAAGCAGAAAGUCAGCACAAACAUGUCAAGUGAUUCGAGUCGAAAGAUCCAGGUGCCCGAUGAGCUGAAGGAGGUCCUGUUGCAGUUCUCGAUCUCCUUCCUGGUGGAACAGCCCCCGGAUGUGAUCGACUAUGCCGUGGAAUACUUCACCAAACUCCAAUCCGAACGUCCAAGUGGAGGGCACACAGAUAUAAGUACCGAUGACCAGCUGAGCGUCAACUCACAGGAUGCCGAUGCGGAACCACCAGUAAUGGCCAGCUCGCGGCGCAAAUCAGUUUUCGCCGAGGCCUAUGAUCCGGAGGCGGAUGACGACGAUGAUGGUGCCACCGCCGUGUUCCCCAAGACAGACGAACAGCGGGCCCGACUGGUGGAGUCGGUGAAGAACGUCCUCCUCUUCCGAUCCCUCGAAAAGGAGCAGAUGAACCAAGUCCUGGAUGCCAUGUUCGAGCGGAAGGUUCAGCCGGGCGACUAUAUCAUCCGCCAGGGCGACGACGGCGAUAACUUUUAUGUUAUUGAAUCAGGCGUAUACAAAGUCUAUAUUAAUGACAAGCACAUUAACACCUACAAUCACACUGGACUUUUCGGUGAAUUAGCGCUGCUCUACAACAUGCCCAGGGCGGCCACCGUGCAGGCGGAAACGAGUGGUCUACUUUGGGCCAUGGAUCGCCAGACCUUCCGACGCAUCCUGUUGAAGUCGGCCUUCAGGAAGAGGAAAAUGUACGAGGAGCUGUUGAACAGCGUGCCCAUGCUGAAGGCCUUGCAGAACUACGAACGCAUGAAUCUGGCGGAUGCUUUGGUUUCAAAGAGCUACGACAAUGGCGAGCGCAUCAUCAAGCAGGGUGACGCCGCCGAUGGCAUGUACUUCAUCGAGGAGGGCACCGUGUCCGUGCGCAUGGACCAGGACGACGCCGAGGUGGAGAUCUCGCAGCUGGGCAAGGGCCAGUACUUCGGCGAGCUGGCGCUGGUGACACAUCGACCCCGAGCCGCCUCCGUCUAUGCCACGGGCGGAGUCGUCAAGCUAGCAUUCCUCGAUGUCAAGGCAUUUGAGCGUUUGCUGGGUCCCUGCAUGGAUAUUAUGAAGCGCAACAUUGACGACUACGAGUCACAGUUGGUGAAGAUAUUUGGCAGCAAAAACAAUAUCACCGAUACACGAUAAAAAGUCUGAACAACCAACCAACAAAAACCACCAUCAAUAGCUACAACAAACAGCAACUAAAACUGAAAAAAGGUCACUUGCAGGCUUCUUAGGAUUUUAUUUUGUAACCAUGUUUCUUUCAAAUUGAGCAAUACUACAGACAGCAAAAUAAGAGCAUAAACACAACCCACAAGAAAGCACAAAUACCAAACAAAAACACAAGGACACACAAAUCAUUUAAACUUAAUCAUGAAUAUUUGAUAAUUGAAAUUAAUCUAUAAUACUACGAUAAUAAUAAUGAUGAUAAUGAUAAUGUUGAUCAUGAUGGGGAGAAGCUUAGCAAUGUUUCUAAUCUAAAACAUAAAAGCAAACAAGCGAGUUAAGAAUUGUAUUGUAUGUAUUUAGCAAUUGUAAUUUGUAAUGUAUUUAAUUGGGCGAAAAUGAAUUCAAAUGCAAUCAGCAAAUAGAAACAAAAAAACGAUUGGCUCAACGGGAAUGUUAAAAAUACUAAUUUAAGUUUUGUUUAUUCAUACCUUUUUGUUAUCCAUUGAUUUAUUCAUAAUUUAGAAAGUAACGCAAACACUUGUUUCAUUGGCUGCUAAAUAACUGAUAAGCGAAAAGAAAGCAAAACAAAAAUAUAUCAAAUAAGAGCAAAUUGAACACACA